GUGAAAUUUUCGGAUCCAACUUGGCCCAUUAAUAAAAGGUCGGGUGACUUCAUCUUUCAUCCCCUCUCCUUCGUACAAGCGGAAGAAGAUCGGGGUUUUGGGCGAUCCCAUAUCGAUCAAGAUGUUCAAGAAAUUUACCUUCGAAGACAUAUCUGCGCAAAAUCAAGUGAAAGCAUCUGUACAGAGAAAGAUUCGUCAAAGCAUCACAGAUGAGUAUCCUGGCCUUGAGCCUCUGAUGGAUGACCUACUCCCCAAGAAAUCACCUCUCAUUGUCGUAAAAUGUCAAAACCACUUGAAUCUUGUUGUGGUGAACAAUGUGCCACUGUUUUUCAAUAUUCGUGAUGGCCCCUACAUGCCAACACUAAGGCUUCUUCAUCAAUAUCCAGAUAUAAUGAAGAAGUUACAAGUUGAUAGGGGUGCAAUCAAAUUUGUCCUUUCUGGUGCAAACAUAAUGUGCCCUGGCCUUACAUCCCCUGGUGGUUCUUUGGAUGAUGAUGUACCUGCAGAAUCCCCAGUGGCAAUAAUGGCUGAAGGAAAGCAACAUGCUCUGGCAAUCGGGUUUACGAAAAUGUCAGCAAAAGACAUAAGGGCUAUCAACAAGGGGAUUGGUGUUGAUAACAUGCACUAUCUAAAUGAUGGCCUUUGGAAGAUGGAACGACUCGAAUAAGUAGGAUACAGUGUUGAGCACCUCCAUGUUUCAAGAAGACUUUUUCGGUGAACAUUUCAACUGUCUAAUGCACCUCAUCUGGUGGUGGGAAAUCUUCAGUGCAGUUCGCAUAGAUUUUGUCGUACCUCUUGAGAAACCAUUUGUGAAAUUUUGUAGUAUCUUUGCGAGAAAAGGGUGUCAUUGAUAAGAUAUAUUGCUAUUUGGUUGCUUCAUAAUAUAUACCUGCAGUUGGUUUAUGGAUUGA